AUCGCGUUGGCUUUUCAUUCGCGAGCGCGUUGCCGGAGAGACAACAUCGAGUAGAUCCUUCUUCGGCCGCGCUCACGACACUUCGAGUUUAUUUCACUCGAAGAAUUCAUCGAGAAUAGUGGCGAAUGUCAUGGUAUCUUGAAAGAGGAAAGAUCAGUUUUUGAGUUUUCAUUGGAAAAAUUUGCAAUAUUGUUGAAGGACAGUAGCAAAUCGCACUCAAUCGAUCAGUGAUCGCGGUCUUUUCGAUUGACAUUAGCAUAAAAGUGCGCGUGCGAAUCACAUCAUUCUGAAAGAACAUGUUCUGAGAGCGAAAGCACACCUUGUCGUGCCGUGUCAUAUUUUCCUCUUUUUCUAUUCGUGAUCGAGCAACAACGAAAGCAAGGAUGACAACCGAAUCUUUGGCGCGCGAGGUCGACUCGCACAUCAUCACCAUCCUGUCCAGACUAUCGGCUCUUCGGGAAAACAAUGCCGAAGUCAUUGACAGAAAACCACCCAUGUCCAUCGAGGCUCGUAGUUUAGAGCUUUGGCGAGCAGUGGCUGUUGAGUGCUUUGCUACUUUCCUCUUCAGUCUGGUGGUAGCUGGUGCAGCCGCUGCCUCCGCCGUAUCCGGAAGUGGUCUCUCUGUAUUAGCCACCGCUAUAGCUUCCGGCUUUACUAUCGCAGCUAUUUCUCUCAUCUUCAGCCAUAUAAGUGGUGGACAUGUAAAUCCAGCGGUCUCGCUAUCGUUCGCUUUGUGCAGACGGAUUUCCCCACUUCGCGCGGUGCUCUAUAUAGCAGCACAAUGCGGUGGUGGUAUAGCUGGGGCGGCGAUGCUUUAUGGAGUAACUACACCCUCGAAUACGCAGACCCUGACAUCCCCCGGUCGACUAGGAGGUCCGAUCGAGAGGCUUUUAGUCGAAAUAGCACUGUCUGUGCUUAUCGUGCUAGCUCAUUUUGCUGCGGAUUCAUCCAGAGCAUUACCACCUACGAUUUCUUCAAAAGCUUCCGCGGUUUUGGCCGCAGCUUAUACAGCGGCAACUCUCGUUUCCAGUCCCUUUCUAAAUCCAGCCCGCGCGUUGGGCCCGGCCUUCGUUAUGAAUCGCUGGGACAAUCAUUGGGUAUACUGGGUGGGCCCGCUUUCGGGAGGCGCCGUGGCGGCUCUACUUCACGAGUACGUCCUAAGUCCCAGGCCCGCGAAGGAUUCGCGCGACAUGGACGACGGCGAUAAUUCGUCCAUGAGAUCCGACGAGGAUACGUACGACGAUCUGGACAAACCGAACGGGCCCAAGUUUCCCAGUGCAUACGCAACCUAUCGUCCAGUGGCUGGCGCGUCGUCGUCGAUCUACAGCGCACCACCAACCGCGUUGGAACGCGUCGAAUCGAUCUACGGCGGCACUAAAUCGCUCUACUGCAAAUCGCCACCGUUGACGCGUGCCAAUCUGAAUCGCUCCCAGAGCGUUUACGCGAAAUCGACGUCGGGCCCGCGGGAUGGCCUGAUGAUCCCGAAGCCGGGUCCGCUGGUGCCGGCGCAGAGUCUGUAUCCUAUCAGACUUGGCCAGAACGGUGGUUGCCAGAGCGGUGGUAACCGCGAGAGCCAACCUAUACCUGGUGGUCCGCCGAGCCAGUCGUCGCAGAAUCACAACAGCACUAAUCAGAACAUGCAGAACCAAUUGCAGCAGUGCACGCAGAGCAUCUACGGCAUCCGCGGGAUCUCCACGAGUCUUAGUACACGGGAAAACGGUAUCUAUGGUGUAUCUACUGGUUCCAGCGUCUACGGUCGUGCACCAGCACCACCGCCGAGCAGCCAGAAUUCGCAGCAGUCCGGUCAAAGUAGCGGUCAGUCCUCGAUACAGAAUCAUCCGCCACCACCGCCGCCGUCGCAGCAACAACCUCAACAACAGCAGCAGCAGCAGCAGCAACAGCAGCAGCAGCAGCAGCAGCAGCAACAACAUCAGAACGGACCGUUGUCGAGUAAUUCGGAUAACGGGCCAAGCACCAGACGGCCCGAAAGCAUGUACGGCCACGUUUCGAGACGCAGUGACGAUUCCGCGUACGGUAGCUAUCAGAGCUGCACGCGAGGAAAUUAUGGCAAAAUGCCUGGACCACCGCAAUAUCGCGAUCAGGGUAGACCGAGUCCGGCCGGGCCCCUUCAGCAAAGUCAGAGCGCGCAGAAUAACUUCCAAAGAAACUCGCCGAAUCCUCAGUAUUGACUAUAAAUGAAAAAAUCAAAUCGGAUAUUAUGGCGA